AUGAACCGAGCGCUGGAGACCGUCUUCUCGGACUUCUCGCGCCACGACGGCGGCCGCAGCUACUAUUCCUAUCCAGAGGGCUCGCGCAAGUCCAACUUCGUCUUCCGCGUCGUGUACGAGUGUCUGGAGCCCAUCGAGGACGGGCGCGUUAUCCUCUUCUUCGCCCCCUCGCCCGACCCGGAGCCGCGCUUCGAGGCCUUCGACCUGGAGGCGCCGCGCCCGCUCUUCGCCAAGGACGUCAGGAACGUUCAACCGGGAGACGUGAUCGAGUUCGAGAGCACCGAGUUUUCGACGCCCGAGGCGCUGGGCUUCGUCCCGCAGAACCUCGACGUCUUCUCCAAUGAGCUCUUCGUCCAGGCGCUGAUCCACCACGAUGUCAACGAUCCGGACGCCAACUCGCGGGUGGGCAACACGUACAGCAAACCGGUGGAGGUGCGCUUCGACGGUGACGAUGCCGACAACGUCGUCAAGGUCGUAGUGGACCAGGUGAUCGAGGACAAAAUGGACUUGACCCCGUCCGAGUUCGUGGAGCACGUCUCCAUGAAGAGCGAGAUCUUGAGCGAGUACCACAACCAGGACGUCUACAUGAUGGCGUCCGUUGUGCUUCCGAAGGACUACGAGGCCUUGAAAGACUCGCGCCAUUUCCCGACGGUGUACUACAUUGAAGGGUUCACUGGAACCGAGUCGUACGCGAAGCGGGCCAAGGGUUUCUUGUCGUCUGAGAUGGGACAGGACUGGCAGGCCGGACGGUGGCCGACCUCCAUGCUUCGUGUUACACUGGGAUCCCGAUUCAAGUUUGGCCACACUUCCUUCGCUGAUACCGACGCCAAUGGCCCGUGGGGGACGGCACUGGUGACCGAGUUCAUCCCGUUCCUGGAGAGUCAGUACCCCGCGGUUCCUUCUGCUGGUGGUCGCUUCCUGCACGGCCACUCGUCCGGAGCCUGGUCGACGCUGUGGCUCCAGCUGCAGUUCCCCGACUUCUUUGGAGGCACUUGGAGCUCUGCUCCUGACCCGGUCGACUUCUCGCGCUUCCAGGUCGUGAACAUUUACGAGGCUGACAACGCGUACUGGGACGCGAACGGCAACCCGUACCCGACAAGCCGAAGCAAUGGACUCGUUACAUGCAGCAACCGCGACGAGAACCUUGUGGAGAGGGUCUAUGGACGUGGCAAUGGCGGACAAUGGGAUGCAUUUUUUGCACUGUUUAGUCCUCGGGGGGCUGAUGGAAUGCCCAUUCCUCUCUUCGACAAGGUAUCUGGUGAUAUCAACCGCGACGUGGCGAAGUACUGGGAGCGCUUCGACAUCUGUAAGUUUCUCCAGAAGCGGCCGGAGCUUCUGAAGACCAAACUGCGGGGCAAAGUCCACGUCAUUUGCGGCAUUGAGGACACGUACUACCUGGACUUUGCAUGCCGGUCGCUGCAGAAACUGGUUGGGAACAGCAAAGCCAACGCUCAAGAUGGCUCCGCAGUUCCGAACUACGUGGCGAUGGUGCCUGGAGACCACACGAGUAUUCGCUCGCGCGCACACUAUACCCAGGUGUUCUCGGAGAUCGCUGCGGUGUUCAAGCACAACACGAAGCUAUAA